AUGCCGCGAGUCUCUCUGCCGCAAGUCCUGUGGCACAGCAAAGACGACAGACAUUCCGACCGCGUCUACUCGGUGGAUCUCCAGCCUCUCCUCUCUGUCCAGACGCUGUCUCGACACCCGUCCUUCCUCACGCGAGCCUCCGCCGCUCUCUCGACUCUCUCGGGCGAGGAUGGAAGACCUGGAGGCUCCUCUCCCCAAGCUUCUGUCGCGCCUUCCCUCUCUCCGGAGAAGGAAGAACGAGACAACGAACGAGAGCGCGGCGGCCUUUCGAGGAGAGAAGAACGCGCCAGAGAGAAACGCGCUGCGACGCUCGCCGCGCACUGUCGCCUCGCCACUGCCGGCGCAGACGAGUUCGUCCACCUCUGGAAGUGGAGCUUCGAAGCACCUGGCGCCUCGCGGCGCGGCGUCCAAGUGUCUUGCGUCGCGCGUCUCCUCGGUCACGAGCGAGAAGUCAACUGCGUGCGUUGGUCCCCCUGUGGCGUCUUCCUCGCUUCCGGAGGCUGUGACCAUGCAGCAUGCAUUUGGGAGCUCGGGCAGAAGCCGGAGUCCGUCCCUCUGGGCUACGACGCUUCGAUGCUCGAGUACGACGAGUGGUGGACCAGAGUCUCUCUCUACCGGUGUAUCGAAGCAGUGAAUUCUCUUGCGUGGGCGCCGUCGGGAAGGCAACUGGCGAUCGGCACUGAGGACGGCCGCGUGAUUGUGGUGGACGUACUGAAUGGCGUCCUGGCGACCAAGUCUGCCCGCGUCCUUGAAGGUCAUGCAAACAUGGUUCAAGGCGUCGCCUGGGAUCCCCUCGACACCUAUCUCGUCUCGCAGUCGUCUGAUCAAACCGUUCGCCUGUGGGGCCGUCGAGGCGGCGCGCCGCCUCUGGGAGUUCCGACCGGCGCCGCGGCGGCCGGUGCGGCGGCGCCAGGCUCGGGAGGCGCUGCGGGGGCGAGCGGCGCGGGGGCUGCAGGCUCGAAGGCCCAGUGGAAAGUUGAGGCAGUUCUGCGGAACGCGCGCGAUCGAGAGAGAGAAAAAGAGGGUGCGAGCACCGCGAAGGACGACGAAGAAGAAGACCCGGAGGUGAUCUUGAACACUCUGAACUCAACUUCUGAAACCUCGCCCCCGUCUGCUCUCUCGUCUCCGCCGUCCGCCCUCGCUUCUUCCUGUUCUUCCUCUCCUUCCUCUUCUUCCUCUCCGUCUUCUUCUUCCUCUUCUUCCUCUUCUUGCUCUUCUUCUCCCCAUCCCUCUCCGUCCUCCGCUUCCGCUUCUUCUGCCAGUUCCUCCGCCUCUUCUUCUGGCGUUUCUUCUGUCGUUUCUUCUGGCGCGUCUCCCGCCACGGGAUCCGCUUGGUCUGGUGAGAGGGUGCGACAGCAAGGCCGUUCGCUGUUCUAUCCCGAGUCUCUGAUUCGGUCGUUUUUCCGGCGGCCAGACUGGUCGCCUGACGGCACUGUGUUGGUCACGCCUGCGGGGCUCCAGUAUCUCUCCGACCAUUCUGCAGACGCGUCUUCGGCAUCCGCGGUCGAAGCUUGCAGCACCACCUACGUUUUUCACAGGAAGCUGCUGUCUCUGGGGACGCCUUUUCUCACGCAGCGCUCGUCCGCAGGUCCCUCGCUCGCCGUGAGAUUCAAUCCUGUCGCUUUCCAGCCUCUCUCCUUCCUCGAGGCGCGGCGAACUCGAGAGACAGCGGAGACAGAAGAGAAGGCCUGCAAGGAUCUGCCCGCGGAGAUGCGCGCGACCAAGUCCUGGCUGUUUUCGUCCUCGCUCGACGCAGCACAGAAACUCUCCGUCCGUCCAGUGCAGAGUCGGAAGAGGCGCGCCGAGCAAGAGGCGCGAGAACAGGAUGUGAACGAACUGAGAGAAGGAAAGGACAUCCGAGACGAGGAGGCCAAGAGAAACAAAGCCGGAAGCGACAGCCGAGAGCAGGAGGACGCGAACGCGAAGACGGACGAGAACCUGAACGGCGAGACGAUCCCGAGCGACGAGGCGAAAGGCGAUGGGAAGCCUGAAGCGCCGACCCCAGAGGCGGUCUUUCCGCGCUUCAUCUACGCUGUAUGUACACUGCACGGGAGCAUAUUGCUGUAUGACACACAGUUUGUGGGGGCGCCGCUCGCUCAACUUCAUGGCCUGCACCUCGCGCCCAUGACCGACGCAACUUGGAGCAGCGACGGCCGGAUCUUGGUCGCGAGCAGCAGCGAUGGCUACCUCACCUUUGUCUGCUUCGACGAAGAAGAACUGGGGAAGCCUCUCAGACCUGCAGGCUUCUUCUAUCACAACCUGUGGAGCUCCUCUCCUAGAGCGUCUGCUCUCUCGCCUUCUGCAGUCUCCGGCCGCGAGGAGGCAGAAGGAGCAGGCGGCAGCUCAGCUGCCGCCUGCUCCACCUCUGUCUGUUCCUCGAAGUCGCUGUCGGGAGUGGAAACGCAGGCAGUGGAGCCGGCCGCGCCGCGGCGCCUAGGCGUCGUGGGGAACGCUGUGGGUCGAAAGCUCCUCGUCGUCGGAAACGCCGCCUCCACGCUUCUCACCCAGAAGCAGGAAAGACGCGAGACGUAG